UAGUGGCCAAGCACAAAAGGCCAGAUUUCCCGGCAGGACACUACAUUCCACAAUCCAUGAUGUGUGUUGCAUGAUUUUGAUUUUGGUAGGGCUCUAUUUAUAGACCACAAAUUGCCCCCAAUGCCAUUAAUCCUGUAAAUCUGCUUAACAUCUUCCUCAACAGGGACUAGUGACGUCGAAUGUAUUGCUCCCUGUGUGGAGGUGUUUGACUCUCUAUAGGGCACAGCAUUUGAAGACUUUUCCGUCACACCUCUGUAGUUAAACCACCUGCUAUUCUUUCUAGCCACUUCUCCAGUACCUAGUCUGCACGUUUCACCUUGAACAGUCUCCUUGUGCAUUUCGGUCCUGUACAUCAAACAGUAUCUUGCAUAUUGUUUGUACAGGAUGGAAACACACAAGACAGCGAGCACGUGCCAGCCUGCUGGAUUUUACCAACUGGAUUUCAGUCCAUUGCAGCUGUCUCUGAAGAGUUCACGUGGGGGGGCGGGGGGCGUGGAUUGAGACGGAAAUGACAGUUCUUUGCUAGGAGUUGGGUUCGGUUUCCAUGGUGUGCUUUGAGCCUGUACGCUCUCCUUUUUAUCGUGUGUUACUCGCCCCAUCGCUUUGCCCCCUCCUCACCAAGCAUUUAUUGGCAGCUGCAUCAUGGUGCCUCCUUAGCAAUGGUGCCUCUUGACCUGUGAUUGAGGAAGGAGCUUUGUGCUCUCCUUUCAGUGUUUAUUUUUAGCUUUGCCAAUAUAUAUAGAACAGAAAAUGAGCCAGACUCCAGCUGUUGAUGAAGGUCCCGCAUGGUGCCCUGCACGGGUGAGCAGGGCCUCACCUUCAAGUGUGAGAGCACCUGGGCCAGCAGUGUGCUAGGAACUGGGACAGUAAGGGCGGUUUUCAGGCAUGUAAAUUGCCUAGAACAGAGCCCGGCUUGGAUUCCUUGGGUUUCCCUUCCCUGAGCCAGCUGCAGUUUCCCGUCCGCUCCUAACACUGGACUGUUGGAAAACUACUGAUUUCUCCGUUAUAUCCCCAUCCAACACCCUCACCCUCAGCCAGAAACUCCCCAGAUAACCCUUCUGUAUUGUAACAUGGGCCUGCUAUUCCCCAGUCUGCCAGGGUUUACUGUCCUUGGGCUCCUGUCUGUGUGGUGAUGUGGACAGCAGUACAGAGAUGUGCAGUGUCAGCCAGGGGCUCAGAGGUCAUGGGUGAGGUUUUCAGAGUGGCACCAGGUGAUUUAGCUGUGCAUUCUCCUAUGAAUUUCACUUCCCAUUAGAUUGGGGCUAACUUUCCUGCCCUACUUUGUAAAUUUCAAUCGGUAGAUUGUGGCAGGGGCUUUUUCUUACUAUAUGUUUGUACAGCACCUGACACAUUUCGGGCCAUGAUCCUGAUCAGGGUUUUGAGAUACUAAUCAAGUACAUAUAAUGGAACACAAUCACAGUGCCCUGAAAUGUGACUGAUUGGAUAAGUGGCGUACCAGUUUUGUAGCUGCCUUCAUAUCAACUGUACAAAAUACAGGAAAAUAACCCACUUCUUCCCCUGAUGGACCAUAUCUUUCAAUAGAAAAUGCCCCAGACAUUAACAGACCAAGGGACACUCCACCCAAGUACCUGUCCCCUCUGCCACCUCUGACUUGAUACGGUCUAUGGGUGGCGUACCCGAGAACAGUUUUGCCUCUUAAAAACUCACACACCUUCAUCUGGGACAAUGGCUUGUUAUGGACCCUAUAUAUCUUAUAAGUUACAGGUAUUGGUUACUAUAGCCCAAGCUUGACCCCAGAUGUUCAGUGCUUUCCUUUUAAACCCACGUAAUAUGAACUUGAUUUCAAAGAUUAGCUUUAAUACAGUUUUAAAAUCCCCUGGAAUUCAGUCCUGCCUGGUGUUAGUUUUUGGAUGUUAGUUACUUCUUGGCUGAUGAACCCAGAUGAGGGGAACUUGGGAAAGCGAUAACAUGUAUGUGGGCAUAUUCAAUAAAGUUACUUUCUAUAGAGACAGCUGCUUUUCGUUCAGCAUUGAUGAUUUCCUCCCCCCGCCUUGAAGCCUGCUGCUUUAAUCAGUGGCUUGGUUUAAUGUUCUGCUUUGAAAAGCAAUCAGAAAUUAGCAUGUGGUUUCUUCUCUCCAAGUUGUGUGUGUGUCUGUCUCUCUCUCUCUCUUUUUGCAGGUGUUGUAUUGCAGAAGCGACUCCUGGAGCAUCUCGCCUGUAUGAACUCUUGAGCUGUCAGGGGAUUGAGAGGCUUAUGAGGAGGUUCUCUCAGGCGAAAACAGUGCCUAGCAAAGAUACCGAGGAGGAAGGAAAAGGAGAAGGGGGAGGGGGAGCGGAGCUGAGACUCUAGCAAACCAUGAGAUCUAUCCGAUCUUUUGCUAACGAUGACCGCCAUGUUAUGGUGAAACAUUCAACCAUUUAUCCGUCUCCAGAGGAACUUGAAGCUGUCCAGAACAUGGUGUCUACAGUCGAAUGUGCCCUUAAACAUGUCUCCGAUUGGAUGGAUGAAAUGAACAAGUCUGUGAAAGUCGAGGGAGAUGGGGAAGCAAAAGAGGAAGCUGCAGAGAGUAAUGCCAAGGAUCAAGGUGGUCGGACUUUAUGUGGUGUGAUGAGAAUUGGUUUGGUGGCAAAGGGCUUGCUGAUAAAGGAUGACAUGGAUUUGGAGCUGGUUCUCAUGUGCAAAGAAAAACCUACAAAGACCUUGUUAUAUACAGUCAAGGACAAUCUCCCAAUCCAAAUUCAGAAACUUACAGAAGAGAAGUACCAUGUGGAGCAAUGUGUCAAUGAGGCAGCUAUUCUGAUCCAAAACACCAAGGAGCCCACCCUGACGCUGAAGGUGAUACUUACAUCUCCUCUCAUUCGCGAGGAAACAGAGAAGAAAGACGGAGAUAAUGUUGCGAUGAAAGAUCCUCCGGACUUAUUGGACAGGCAGAAAUGCCUGGAGGCCUUGGCCUCGCUGCGGCACGCCAAAUGGUUUCAGGCCAGGGCAAAUGGACUAAAGUCAUGUGUAAUUGUUCUACGUAUUCUGCGUGAUUUGUGCAACAGAGUCCCGACAUGGGCCCCGCUAAAAGGAUGGCCACUAGAGCUUAUAUGUGAAAAAUCUAUAGGUACUUGCAAUAGACCCUUGGGCGCUGGAGAGGCCUUAAGACGAGUGAUGGAGUGUUUGGCAUCUGGAAUUCUGCUUCCCGGGGGCCCUGGCCUACAUGAUCCCUGUGAGCGGGAGCCGACAGACGCUUUGUCCUAUAUGACGGUGCAGCAGAAAGAAGCCAUUACACACAGUGCUCAGCACGCACUCAGACUAUCAGCCUUUGGCCAGAUCUAUAAGGUGCUGGAAAUGGACCCUCUCCCGUCAAAUAAAUCCUUUCAGAAAUAUUCCUGGUCAGUGACUGACAAAGAAGGUGCCAGCUCCUCUGCACUGAAAAGGCCAUUUGAAGAUGGAUUAGGGGAUGAUAAAGAUCCAAAUAAAAAGAUGAAGCGCAACUUGAGGAAAAUCCUAGACAGUAAAGCAAUAGAUCUCAUGAACGCUCUGAUGAGACUGAACCAAAUCAGACCAGGGCUUCAAUAUAAGCUUCUGUCGCAGUCUGGUCCAGUCCACGCGCCAGUCUUCACAAUGUCUGUCGAUGUUGACGGGACGACUUAUGAAGCGUCAGGGCCGUCUAAGAAAACGGCCAAGCUCCAUGUGGCAGUGAAGGUAUUACAAGCAAUGGGCUACCCGACGGGCUUUGAUGCAGAUAUGGAAUGCAUGAGCUCUGAUGAAAAAUCAGAUACCGAAGGCAAAAACGAGACUGUGUCUUCAAAUUCAAGCAAUAAUACUGGAAAUUCUACAGUUGACACUUCCUCUACCUUAGAGGUAAGAACUCAGGGUCCUAUCCUCACAGCAAGUGGCAAAAACCCGGUGAUGGAGCUAAACGAAAAGAGACGAGGUCUUAAGUACGAGCUCAUCUCCGAGACAGGCGGGAGUCACGAUAAGCGCUUUGUAAUGGAGGUAGAAGUAGACGGGCAGAAGUUCAGAGGCGCAGGUCCAAAUAAGAAGGUGGCGAAAGCGAGCGCUGCUUUAGCAGCCCUUGAGAAACUGUUUUCUGGGCCCAAUGCAGCAAACAAUAAGAAAAAGAAGAUUCUCCCGCAGACCAAAGGGGUUGUAAACACAGCCGUGUCUGCAGCGGUCCAGGCUGCUCGAGGAAGAGGACGAGGCGCUUUAACGCGAGGGGCAUUUGUCGGGGCAGCCCCGGCCACUGGAUACAUAGCACCAGGCUAUGGGGCACCAUGGUACUCCUCUCCGUUUCUUCUCUCUGUAGGUAUACCCAAGAGAAUGGUUCUGUUACCAGUUAUGAAAUUCCCAACAUAUCCUGUUCCCCACUACUCAUUCUUUUAGCAAAUGGCAGAAGCUAAUUCCCAUUGAUUGAACAACACAGUACAGUACAGAAUGUUAGAAGAGAAAAAAAAAAGCCUUUUUAUCCUGUUUUCUUUGAACACAUACUUGAGCAAAGUCAUUUGUAAAGAAACAUCUUUUCCUACUUUUUGAUUUUAACAAAAUGCAAAUUUAGUUCUCUAAAACUUGAAAAAAAUGUUCUGUGAAAUGUUACCUCAUUUUCAAAUAACUUAUACCAGCCUUCUGUUAUAGGGAAGAACUAGAAGCUUAAACCUUACGUUUUAAAUGAAGUAUCCGAUUAUGUAAAAUUAAAUUUGUGAAGGAUGUAUAGAAUAUAAAACACUGAUCACAAAUAAACUGUUUUGUCGUAA